AUGAAACUCAGAUCGCCACCGGAGGACUCGCUUGAGCCAACUUGCACGAUUUCCUUUUUCGACUGCUUUUCUCCAUCAUCAAGUCAUGAGGACGAGAUGCGCCGAAAGGCUUCACGGCCUGAGGGUGAGUGCUACCGGAAGGAGUCACAGACUUCCAAGAAUUUAUUGUUGAUGAGCCUUGCAGGGGUUGAGCGUGAGAUGCGCAUCAUGUACCAACAGCCUCACCUAGUGCCACCGAUGAAGCUCACCGUUUUUGAUGCCAUGCCGGCAACUCCUACUCCGCCUCCCCCUUCGCAACUGUCAAAAUUGGUGUCCCAUGGCAAAGCAUCGCUGAGAUCAAGCUUGUCCAUCCGGAGGCCACGGCCAUCAAUCUCAGAGCCUCAACCACCUUUACCAGCCGGUCAAGAUCUCCCGUUCCGGCGACCGACACAGAAGUAUCGCCCCCUAGAAUUGAGCAUCUAUAUGCCUAGUAAUCGGCUCUCGGAAUUGCCCGAAUUUGAUCGACUGAGUUUUACUGACGUUGGAGAAAUAAAACUCCCUUCUCGAGCUUUGGUCAGGACAAAGUCAGAAGAGUUUAUUUCACACAAGAUCUCCACGUUCCCUACACCGCCAAAGCCUGCCUCUAUGAUCGAGCAGCGUCGACUGUCGCACUUCCGUCCUGAUGUUUCCUCAACUGUAAUUUCAGUAUCAAGACCUCCCUCUGAGUACGAUGCUCUUCACUCUCAUCCAGUCUCAUGGGCAUCUCCUCCUGCAUUGCCCCCUGCAGCCUACAUGACAGGCCGCUCUGAGCCCUCGGUUGCCGUCCUUACGCCAAUGCAAGAGGAAUUCAGUCCUUUACCGACAACCUCAAUUACGGUAGAUGGAGUGGAGCUAAAUUUUCCCCAGGUUGGCAGAGGAGCCCCAAUGUCCCCCGUUCACCCCAGUAGAUUGUCUGAAGAGGAAUCGGCGCCAGCGCCACUCGUUCCUUCGGGUAUUGCAAGAAACUUCUCCAAACUCUCCGCACCCAGAGAAGAGGCAAACCCACCAGCGUACUUCCAUCCAAAUUACCAAACGCAAAAGCGGAUUUCUCAAUGGCUUUCACACCGUGGGCAUUCUGCUUCGGUCAGUACGGUUGCUACCACAAAGACAUCCUCCACUACAGCAUCUUUUGCAGAGCAUCGCCGGAAACGAUCUCAAUUCUAUCAACUUUCUGCUGCUCCACCCAAGCCACUCAGCCUUUGGCCACGUCAGCAUCAAAGAACAAUGACCGAGUCGACCGUAGCAAGUACCGUUGACACCGAUAUCUUAUCUUUUGAGGUUCAAAGUCAGACAGAUAGCAGCAUCACGACAGCGCCGGACCUGCAAAGCCGCAGCGGGACGAUCAAGAGUGUUUCGCACGGGCUGAGGCCAAUCUUGAGUGGUGUGCCUGACGUACCACCUUGCUACGCAGAUGUCAUCAGCCACGUCGACGAUGAUAUGAUGAUCAAGGAAAUCGGUGGACCCUUGCGAAGUCCCGGUGUUGGUGUUGCAUUUUGA